CAGCUAUUCAGAAGUUUUGGCCAUGAAUAAAUCGAGUGACCCGGUCAUUCGAAAGCGCAGUGAUGAUAUACUAGAUACCAUGCAGCUAUCUCAACAACAUUCCAAAUCCCAGCAGAAUGCUUCAUCAUCCGAAUCUAUAGGAAUUUUGGUUAUGGGACUCACUGGUGCUGGAAAAAGCACAUUCAUCUCCCAGCUCACCCAUCAAGACGCUGAGAUUGGGCAUUUAUUAGAAUCAUGUACUACUGAUAUCAUGCCUUAUGAGUUCCAUACAGGUGAUGGACGGAAGCUCUAUCUUAUCGACACACCAGGGUUCGAUGAUACCAACACAGACUACGCAGGAGUGUUCAAGAAGAUUGCAUCCUUUCUCUGCACACUCUGUGGUCUCUAUAAAAGUGAACUUACCAUUGGUGGAAUGAUUUAUGUUCACCGAAUCACCGACGUACGAAUGUCAGGAUCUUCAGUCAAGAGCUUACGCAUCUUUGAAAAGAUUUGUGGCGAGCAUUGCUUCCCCCAUGUCACAGUCGUCACCACUAUGUGGGAUCUGAUCAAGACUAAAGAAGCAAGGGAUGCAGCGACGAUACGUGAAAACACGUUGAGAGAACGGGCAGAAUUUUUUGGCACAUUGACAAGAGCUGGUGCUCGGAUGGAGAGGCACUACGACGAAGACAGCGCGCGACAUAUCGUUGAAAUGCUUGCUGAUAGACAAAGAAAUUUUUCUCUGCAACUACAAGAAGAGAUGAAACAAAGCAGAGCAAUGACGUUGGAGAAAACAACGGCGGGGAAAUAUUUGGAAGGCGAGUUGGAUAGUAUGCGCAGGAGGUAUGAAAUGCAAAAGAAAGAAUUGGAGGAGAGUAUGGAGGAGUCUAACGAUGACGAUGAUUUCGGGAGCGAAGUUAUAGAAGAGAUAAGGGACUGCACAGUUACGGUGAACCGACUUAAAGCUGAUCAAGGCAGUCUCUCUGUGACACUUGAAGACAUGCAGCACGAGCAAGCAGCAUGGUUCACCAGAAAGCAUGAUGAUAUGCUUCAGGACAUGAUAUCAGACGAACAGUCUACUCGAAUGACCUAUGAGCUUCGGCAAAAAGUUCUCAAAUUGGAAAAGGAAAAUAGGCGACGAGACAAGAAGGAAAUUGCUCAGAAUGAAAAGAUGGAGGAAUUGGAGGAGCGUAACAAAAGACUUGAGGCUGCCCAGAAGGAACUUGAGGAUCAACAAGCUUUUCGAGAGCGUGUAAAAGAAAAGAGAAACCAUCAGUUUGAUUGGGUAGCAAGAGUGCUCGCAUUUCUCGCAUCACCUGCAAAGGAUCUGAGGGAGCCAGUACCAAUAAAGUGCCGUGCGAAUUCAAUGCCCUUAGAGGCAAAAACACCAAAAAAAUCAGCCACAAAGCUCACAAGAGGUCGAAGUCAGUCCAGGAAUGGUCAAACCGGGAAAUCAAACGCCAAAAAUACGACCCAUGUUGAUGAACAAGACACAAAGAAAUAUUACAUGUCUUCAAGUUCUCAAUUCCAAUAUCAUAAAGGAUAUGAUCAGGUUUAUGAGCCGGGAUACGAUGCAGUUAGUAUUGGGAAUUCAAAUCGUCCCACGCAUUCACAGCACAGAUCUCUUCCAACUUAUACGCCAAUAACCCCAGGCUAUGCAACUGGCCAAGUUCACUCACUGCCUGGUCCGGUAAUCGUAGAUCCUUACGGACUAAAACGUAGUAUACCUCCAUCUACAGGUUCUCUCCUACGAAGAUAUGACGAUACCGUCCAUACAUCCACUUGGCAACCGCCACCUCAAUCUAGCCCAUAUCAUGACAACCAUCAUGAUGAACUGACUUCGCGAGGUCGCAAUCAGGCAGGGCCCAAUGAUAUUAUAAUCGCGGUGAUGGGUAUUACUGGCUGUGGCAAGACAACAUUUGUAAAUCUGUUUGCAGAGACGCCUCUCGAAGUUGGUCAUGGAUUGGACUCAUGCACAGUAUCAGUACAAGUAGCAACUUGCAAAGCCGAAGACGGUACAAAUAUCUACCUUGUUGAUACUCCAGGAUUCGAUGACACAUAUCGAUCCGAUUCCGAGAUCUUAAGAGAAGUCGCCCUUUGGCUCAACAAGGCACACGUGUCAAAUGUGAAGCUCGCGGGUAUCAUAUUUCUUCAGAGAAUUUCCGACACUCGAGUCGGCGGCAGCGGCAUCAGGAAUAUCAAGAUGUUCCAGAAACUAUGCGGUGAAGAUACCCUCGCGAGCGUAGUUUUAGCUACAACAAUGUGGGACCAGGUUGGCGAAUAUGCCGGAAAAGAGAGGGAAAGGCAGUUGAAAAACGAGCCUCAACUGUGGAAAAAGAUGAUAGAUCACGGUAGUAAGGUCUAUCGCCACGACAAUGGAAAAACUUCGGCGGCCAAGAUCAUCAAUUACUUGAUAGCCAGAAAGCGACCAGUCACACUGGACAUCCAACGCGAAAUGGUUGACCAAGCAAAAGAUCUUGUUGACACAGGCGCAGGAGGCGAGCUAGCUUCAACGGUGGAACUUUUGAUCAAGAACUAUGAAAGAAAAUUGAAAGAUCUAGAGCAGGAACUACGACAAGCACGGGAUCAGCAUAACAAGGAGGAUCGGGAAAUUCUAGAACAAGCCAGGAAAGAAUAUCAAGAAGGUCUCGUAAAGCAGCGACAAGAAAUGAUCAAUUUGAGAAUCAGCUCGGAACAGUUGAUUGAGGACGCGAGGAAACGCUUCGAGGAGCAAGAACAGAGGCAGAGGGAGAACAUGAAACUUGUACGGGAAGCUCAUACCAAGGACCUAGAACAACAACGGAUUUUGGUGCAAAAACAGUUCAGGGAGAGGUAUCUCCGGGAUAUGUCGAAUGCUGCAUGCGUAAUGAUGUAGAUCCGAGUGAAGAAAUCAAAUGUAACCAUUUUGUUUACUG